AGAAUACGAAACAGUUAUUGCAGUUAUCUGUGUAUAUAUCAAGCGAUUAAGAAUAAUGAUAAUGGUCAAUGAUGUUUGGGAAGGAUGUGAUUUUUCAUCUUUUUUUCCCCCAUAUUCUCUGCUGGUCUUGUUUUCCACUUUUUAAAAGAAAAUUUGGGGCUUUUUUUAAUUAAAAAAAAAUGUUUUAUAGAAAACUGAGUGCUCCUCUCUGAAAUUAAACUAGGACUUUAAUGCAUUUUAAUUUCUAAUUAAUCAACAUCUACCGUUUUCUUUGGCAGUCAAAUGGCUUUUUCUUUGCUGUUAUACUGUUAUAACAAUAUUGUUUUCCGUGUUUACAGGUUGUUUUCAUUUUGAUUUCCAUUAUUUUUAAACAUUUAUUAUUAUUAUUAUUUUGCAGUACAAUGGGGUUGCAGCUUUGUCACUGGCUCUCUCUGUCUAUCUCUGUCUCCCUGUUUGACUACAGGUUAUUCUGAGUGUAUAUUACGUGACGACGAUGAGAGAUGAGAUGGGAUAAGAAAAGAUGAAAGAAUGCUUUCUUGCCAUGUUUUCAUUUCUCUGCAUGCGAGUGGAUCCGUAAUUAAUAUUUUAAUCCAGUCGUUGGGGAUCUAAGGCAGACAAGCCCGUUUGCUUGCAUAUCUGAAACCCAAAUAUGCAAACCUGUUAAACAGGAUAUGUGAUUGUAGAGCGUAUUACAUCGGUUAUAGGGCUAGGUGAUGAACUCACCGUGAAAAGCAAGAGAAUAAAUAUAGAUUAUUCAGUGUCGGGAAGGAUGCAUACUGCCUUAGCAUUCAUGAUCAUCAGUUUUCGAAUUUUAGUUCCCCUUUGAGUAUUCCCCUUUCAAACGUAAUGUUCUUUAUAUUUAAAUCUAGUUCGAAUUGCGAAUACACGCUCGACAAUAACGAAAUUACGCACUUUCCUGUAGUAUUGCGAAUAUAUUGUUAUGCUAUAUUUAGACCUUCCUCUCCGUAUUUUAAUUUUCUCUCAAUCUUAACCCUAUAAUGAAGACGGACUCUACUGCGGUGAGUGGAAUCAGCAGGGAAAAGAAAGUUUUUUGAUCAGCCAAAUGUCAAAGACGUGCAUAAACUGCGGAAACUCCUUUCAAAAAUCGCGCACACGCCCAAACACAAUUAACUCAGUUUUGAUUUCCAAGUCAACUGUUGUUCGUCUCUGAAAGCCUGCGUAUUUUAAUGGGUUGACAGGGACGGCUACAAUACAAGCUUGGCCAGACGCUUUGCCUAAUCCAGAGUCAUAAGCAUUCCCAUUUUGGAUCCCACCAUGGUCAUUCCCUCUUCCAGUGAUAAGCCUGAAACACUGAAUGAAUUGACCCGUCUGAGAGACUCUGAAUUUGGUCAGCCCCACCCCAGACAUGGGCUGAGGCUCCUCUAUUGGCUCGCCUGUGAAUGCAUCAGUUAUGACGACAGUUUGGCGACUCUCCUGUACAUGCCCGAUAGAGGUGACUAUGGGUUUCACUACUUCAAGAAUCGAGAGAACAUUCUGCCUUCUCCAAAAGAGGAGUACUUCUACUACGAGGUAGGCAACCUCAAUAAGCCAAAUGCCCAGGCCUUGCCCUCCUACAUUAGGGUAAACUACAACAGCAAUUGUGCUGACAGCAACAGUGACCGCGUCAUCCUCAGCGUGGGCCCCUGCAAUAUUAUUGACAGGAUAUACGUCACUGAGCACCAGGGAAAGGGGAGUUUUGACAGAGAGCGCACGUAUCGCAUCAGUAAAGGCCUGAUGAACGUAAUAAAGAACCUGGAGCUGUCAGCAUUUCUGAAUAAGAUGGGGGAAGAUCCAAACAUUAGACAAACCAAUCAAGCCUACACUCCCUCCACAGUGAGCAACGUGGCGUCCCCUUCACAAACACCAGAUCACGUUACCAUACCUGUCCCUGAAUCCCCAAGACGAGAUCACGUUACCAUACCUGUCCCUGAAUCCCCAAGACGAGAUCACGUUUCCAUACCUGUCCCUGAGCCUCGCAGCCAACCUCAACGUAGCACAGGAUUCUGGGAUUAUUGCACCAUACUCUGAGCUGUUCCACGUGCCUUUCUGGCAUCAUGGCACAUUCCAGUCCUCCGCAACUGUGUUACUGAGCAGCUUCUCUGCUGCUGGAGUCUUUGAAGGACAAUUCUUUAUUUUUUUAAGGCUUUCCACAUAAAUUCAAUAUCUACCAACAGCUUUCUCAUCUUCCUCAUCCUCAUUUUCCCACUACUCAUAUUCCUCCUGAUCCUACUGCUCUUCCUCCUUCCCCUGUCUUGUGUUUUCAGUGGUGGAGUGGUGAACUUUAUCCAGUUAUAACUGGCAAUCAUAAUAGGAGAGCUGGCGUAUGCUUUUGUUUUCUUUGUGUGCGUGUGUGCGCGUGCGUACGUACGUACGUACAUACAUUUGUAUGCACACAGGGUUGUUUCCCUUCUUUAAAUUACCCAUUUUCAUUUUACUUAAGAUUUUUUUAAAUGUUCUUGAAUCAAUCCUGUAUAAAGACCAAUUUUUAAAUGGUCUUUCAACUACUUCUUUGAUAUUGUGUUGUAAAGCGAUUUCAGCACUUGAUGAAUGGAAUUUAAAGUAAAUUUGUAUUUAAUCAAAUUUUAGCACACCUCUGGAUUGAUUUAAAGAAAUAAACAUAUUAUUUGUCCAUUAAAAAAAUCA